AUGCAUCCUAUCUGUGCAGAAAUUCAUUUGGACAUUCAUUUUAUCCAUCUACAAAAGUCAUUAAACUGCUCUUUAUCUGUUUAUAUCUAUCCCAGUCUGUUUGUAUCUCUCUAUCUAUCCCAGUCUGUUUGUAUCUACCUAUCUCUCCAUUCGUAUCUAUCUCUCCCAGUCUGUUUCUUUCUAUCUAUCUAUCUAUCUAUCUAUCUAUCUAUCUAUCUAUCUAUCUAUAUCUCCAAGUCUGUUUGUUUCUAUCUCUUCAAGUCUUUUGUAUCUAUUUCUCCAAGUCUCUUUGUAUUUAUCUAUCUAUUUAUCUAUCUCUCCGUCUGUUUGUAUCUAUCUGUCUAUCUAUUUAUCUAUCUCUCCAAGUCUCUUUCUAUCUAUCUAUCUAUUUAUCUAUCUCUCCAAGUAUCUAUCUAUCUAUCUAUCUAUCUAUCUAUCCGUCUCUUUCUAUCUAUCUAUCUAUCUAUCUAUCUAUCUAUCUAUCUAUCUAUCCAAGUCUCUUUGUCUCUAUCUCUCCAAGUCUUUUUUAUCUAUUUCUCCAAGUCUCUUUGUAUCUAUCUAUCUAUCUAUCUAUCUAUCUAUCUAUCUAUCUAUCUAUCUAUCUAUCUAUCCAAGUCUCUUUGUCUCUAUCUCUCCAAGUCUUUUUUAUCUAUUUCUCCAAGUCUCUUUGUAUCUAUCUAUCUAUCUAUCUAUCUAUCUAUCUAUCUAUCUAUCUAUCUAUCACAUUCUUUUUAUAUUUAUCUGUUUAUAUGUCUAUCUUAG